AUGGUCCAAAGGCAGGACCCAAAAAGAGCUGAUGACGAGGGUGACAAGGAGGUUGAAAAUCGCUACAGGCACAGUCCUUACAGCUCUUUGGCUGGGGAUGAGAAACAUCCGGAGAACAGAAGACGCGAACACGACGUUAACUUCAAAGGACCCAUUAAAAAUAGAUCGUGCACAGACAUCAUUUGCCUCAUCAUCUUCCUGCUCUUCAUUUGCGGUCAUUGUUUCGUUGCCUACUUUGCCUUCAGUAAAGGAGAUCCGCGCAUUCUCAUGAAACCAGCUGAUUCUCAGGGGCGACUUUGUGGCGAAGGCAUUCUCGUCAACAAGACGAAAUUGUUCUUUUUCGAUCUUCUUAGCUGCGCCCGGAUGGGACCAGCAGUGGUCUUUACCGGCUGUCCCACGCCUCAGGUCUGCGUCUCCACCUGCCCCACGACGAACUGGGUCUUUCUAACGCUAGCUGCCGAGGAACGUCUUCCUGGAGUCAAGCCAGAUGCUGAAAAACGGGCCGACCAACUAAUCUGUAUUGACUCGUUUGAUGCACGAGCUAACCUUUCCACGUCUAUUGACCAGCUAGUACAGAGUGACACAUGUGCCGCCUAUUAUGUUGCCUCCGGAGACCUCUUUAACCGAUGUCUACCACGUUUCCUGCUCGAUGGUAUCCGGGAGACUGGUCUUCUGAUUGACGAAACCGGCCGGCAAUUAAUAGAUGCUAGCGGAAAAAAUGUCACAGCACAGGACACUGCCAAGGGUAACGUUGCCCUACUCGCCUUUCUCACUGUCGCCAACCAUGCCACGCUGGUGGUAGCCGAUCUAGUCGCCUCGUGGUACUGGAUUCUAACCUGCAUCCUGAUUGGAGCUGUGGCCGCUUUUAUCUACUGUCUGCUGUUGCGCUUCUUUGUUGGCUUUGUAAUUUGGCUCACUUUGGUCCUCUUUUUUAUCUUUUUUGCUGGCAGCACCACCUACUGCUUUGUAGAGUAUUUCCUAUUUGCCAACACUACAGCUGACGGCCGGUUCAUCAUUUCAACUCAGCUUAGCACCUACCUAUCGCUUAAGGAAUUUUGGCUGGGCCUUGCCAUCGUUGGCUGCAUUCUAACCGGCAUAGUUCUUAUUAUCCUCAUCUUUCUACGGACUCGCAUUAGCCUCGCAGUCGCCAUACUCGGCGAGGCAAGCAAGGUCAUUAUGGCUAUUCCCACUGCCAUGAUAUACCCUAUAUUUCCCUUCUUGCUGGAAUUAGGUGUGAUUGCGCUCUGGCUGGCCAUUACGGUCUACUUGGCGGCUACAGGACAUCGGAUGUUCUCCAAAAUCCAGAUACCCAGUACCAAUGCUCUCUUCGCGGAGUCUGUUAUUCAAGCCGGUCCUCCGACCGUCGAUUGGCUUCCACAAAAUGCCAGCGUGAAAGACUGCGGUAUGGAUCUAUCGAAUCCCGAGGCCCUGGGUUGUCAAUUUGUGAAAUACGGUGGCAACGCUUGGUCCUUCUAUCUCCAAGCCUACAACCUCUUCAUGGCGUUCUGGCUUUUUGUAUUUCUCUCCGGCCUUUCGCAAAUGGUACUUGCCGGUGCGAUUGCCUCGUGGUACUGGGCCUGGGAGAAACCGAAGGAUGUACCUGUGUUUCCAGUUCUGAUCUCAUUUCUGCGCACCUGCCGCUAUCAUCUGGGGACCGUGGCGUUUGGCUCCCUGUUGAUAGCAAUCGUUAUGCUAAUUAGGGCUCUGAUAGCCAUGCUCAGACGUCAGCUAGCCGGAAAAACAAAUUGUCCGGCCCGUUUUGUACUCUGUAUAUGUGCAUGUUGUUUUUGGUGUCUCGAUAAGGUCCUUCGGUUUAUCACCAAGAAUGCCUACAUUGUGACAGCCAUUCUUGGAAAAUCAUUCUGCCCUGCGGCAGCCAAUGCUUUUUUCUUGAUAUUACGAAACUGCCUUCGCCUUCUGGUAGUAGACAGUGUGACUGGCUUCUUCCUGUUUAUAGGCAAGCUAGUAGUUACCGUGGGCGCCGGCACAUUGGCCUACUUCUUUUUCAACGGUACCAUCCAAUUCGCUGAUUUACGCACCAAUAGUCUUAAUUACUUUUACGUGCCCAUUAUCGUGGUCAUUGUGGGCACCUUCGCUGUCGCUUCACUAUUCUUCAGUGUUUUCAGCUUCACUGUCGAUGUGCUCUUCAUUUGUGUUAUGGAGGAUCUGGAAAGAAACGACGGUACAGAGAACAAACCCUAUUUUAUGAGCAAGCAAUUGAUGAAAGUUUUGAGCAAGAAGAACAAAUUUAAGGAUGAUCCAGACAGAAGGGAGGACCCAUGCGGAUGCUGCUGCUGUAUGGGUUGUUGA